AUGCCUUCGACUCUAAAGAUCGCUCUUCUAGCCUUCGCCACCCUCGUUGCCGCAGUGCCACCUACCUCUAAUAAUGACGACGGUAAUCUUUUCGUAGUCGAAAAGCGAUGCGAGGCAGAGUUAGCCAAAUGCAAUAAGAGCAGCGACUGCUGCGGCCCUGCACCAGUUGCUUGUAGCUACGUCCCCAAAUGCGGUGAUAACCGUUGCGUGUCUCGUGCUCCUGGUGCAUCAUCCAACCCCACGUGCCUCUAG